AUGCCAGGAUCCAUAGCUGUGGUCGACAGCAACCCGCCUAUCAAUGAACAUUUUGAAACUGAUGAUAAAAAUUUGAAGCCGAAUACUAACCGCCACUCGAAACAAAAGAAGAUCUCUACGACAUUUGCUCUCAUUAACUUCUUAAAGGGUAUGAUUGGCCCCGGAUGCUUCGCUUUACCUCUCGCUUUCAAACAAGCUGGUCUUUGGUGUGCCUUCACAGUUGUCUUUAUAUUCGGUAUCAUAGCAGCUUUGUGUAUGAUAAAGCUUGUUGUUAGUGCGCAAUAUUUGUGUGAAAGGUAUAAAUGCGGGCCGCUGGAUUACGGACAGUUAGGGCAGGAAGCGUUUAACAGUCAUAAACGGUUACGAAAGUUCAAAUAUGUGGCAAGGUGGAUCAUAAAUACCUGUUUAAUUCUGCUACAGCUGGGCAUAUGUAGCGUUUACUAUAUAUUCAUCGUCGAUCACUCUAAGGAGAUUGUUGAAAUUAUUUGGCCACAUAGCACUAUCAACCGUGACCUUUAUUUUCUUUUCACCUUACCGGCUCUUCUUGUAUUGUGUCUGGUUCGGAGUCUUUACGUACUGUCACUGUUUUCCUUGCUAGGCAACGUCUUCGUGGUGGCGAGUUUGGCGAUAAUUUUGGGUGAAUUGGUUACCUUUGAGCACAUUCCAACCUGGUCUCUACCAGCAUUUACCAGUCUCAAUGGAUUCUUUUUAGCCGCUGGAUCUAUCAUGUACGCUUUAGAAGGAAUGGGAACGGUACUCCCACUUGAGAACAAAAUGAAACAUCCAAAGGAGAUGACUGGCUAUACUGGAGUGUUAUCCAUUGGUGUCUCAUUAGUUACUAUAAUCUACGCUGCUUGCGGAUUUUACGGCUAUAUAACUUUUGGCGAUGCUGUACAAGGAUCUAUCACACUGAAUCUAUCAAAUUCUCCGCUGAACGUUGCGGUGAAAGCUAUGCUGCUGUGCGUUGUCUAUACUAGUUUUCUCAUUAUGCAAUACCCUUUAAUAGAGCUAAUUUGGCCACUGGUCAAGAGACCUCUUCGAAAACGAAAUGUUAGAAGAUUUUGGAUAAUCGGCCUCGAAUACUGCUUCCGAUUUUCCUUGGUCUUUCUCGUACGUGAGUGGCAUUACGACCGUCCCGAGGCUGCGUUCAGAGCUGCCGGUGCCAACGCCGCUCCAACGCCAUUCCAGCGCCGUUCCAGCAAGGCUCAAGCGCAGUUCUACUGCCGUUCUACUUACCGACGUGAUCAGGAUGUGUUGUCAAGAUUGAUCGAUCAAUAUGCAGCAUGUGUACAAGUGGAUUCUGGCAGGGGAUUGGCACGGCCUUGGAACGGAGCUGGCACCUGCAACUCUAGACGCUGCUUUAGCAAUGAAAUCAGACCCUUUCAGUUGGACUCGCCUGGUUGA